AAUGUGUUGUUUGUGAUAUUUCUCUCUAUAUAUCUAGUUGCACUCUUGGGCAACCUAACAAUCAUUUUCGUGAUCACCUCUGAAGGUCGCCUACAGUCUCCAAUGUAUUUUUUGUUGGGUCAUCUUUCCUUUCUGGAUCUUUGCUACAUUUCUGUAACUGUACCAGAAAUUCUGAGCAAUUUUAUGGGAAGGAGGCAAAUUAUAACUUAUUCAGGUUGUGUCGUGCAACUUCUAUUCUUUAUUUCCAUGGAAGGAACAGAGGCACUAAUUUUAGCAGUUAUGGCAUAUGAUAGAUAUGUUGCAAUAUGUUAUCCUCUGCGCUACUCUGUGAUCAUGAAUAGAGGAGUGUGCUUUCUGCUAGUGGCUGCUUCUUGGCUUGGUGGCCUACUGAAUUCACUUGUCCACACAAUCCUCACAUUCAGUCUUUCCUUCUGUGACACUAAUCUUAAACAUUUCUUCUGCGACAUCCCACCACUUUUGCAGGCUUCUUGCACUCAAACUCAUGUUAAUGAACUGGUUCUGUUUGUAGUGGGAGGGAUAUGGGUAGGUUUUAGUCCCUUUAUUUUUAUCAUUAUAUCUUAUACAUUCAUCAUUUGCACUGUCAUCAAAAUACCAUCUACAGAAGGAAGACACAAAGCUUUCUCUACCUGUGCUUCACAUCUAACAAUUGUUUCUUUGUUUUAUGGAACAGCUAUAUUUACAUAUAUAAAACCUUCUGCAACCUAUUCCUUACAAACUGGCAGUUUGGUAUCCCUGUUUUAUAGUGUAGCAACUCCAAUGUUCAACCCAAUUAUAUAUAGCCUGAGGAACCAAGAAAUUAAAAAAGUUAUUGGUAAAAUUCUAAAAACAAACUUUUUAGGGGGGAUAUAA